AUGGGAGAAAAGAUCAUUCACAAAGUUCGCGAAUGGGAAGGGGGCUGGUUGCCAGCCGGUACCUUGCUAGCAGAUGAGGAAGAGACGGAAGCUCUUUGGAAACCUCUGCGUGAAGAGUUGAUGGACAUGGCCAGAUCUCUAACAACGCCUGCUAACUUGGCAAUGCUUGAAAAGUUUGGAAGCGGCAUGCAAGAGGCUGACAGCUUGAAACAAGUCCAAAGUAUGGCUUACCGCAACAUCAGGGGUUUUGAAGAGCAUGCAAAGACCAUUGCAUCAGAAAAAUGCAAAGAGCUGAGUAGAAAGUGGAACAAACUCCUCAGCAAAGGUUCACCACUGGCUGCAACCAGGAUCAGCGUCUACCCGAAGUGCAAUUACUGCGUGGAGACCAGCAAACCAACCAAGGUGUAUCUGCAAAUCUUACUUUAUGCACGGAGAUUUGCCGGGGAAGGACCAGGGAGGCAGUACUGGUGUGAACGUGUUGUGACGCAUGUUCUGUCAUGGAAUCCGGAUUGGCUAGGGACGCUGGACUGCAGUUUGGACGGCCGUGACAAGACAAUCAUGUCUCACCGGUCCGAUACAUCUCGGAAGAACGGUCGAGACAUUACUGUCGACAGUUCACAGCUCGCCCAGGAAGCGCCUCAUUCCUACCUUGAGACGUUGUUCAGCCUUGAGCCAGAGAUCGACAGCACCACAGUCACUUACACAGUCUGAUAGCUUGUACUUUUUUACCUGUUUCUUGAGUUCCUGAAUUCGUUGUAACACAAGUACCGGUACAACUGUUUGUGCAUCGAAUCCGCGCUCGUUAUGGAAUGGAUCCGUAUGUAUGAUGGUCUCGACGGCAUCGAAGGUAGAUUUAUCCCUCGCCAUCAUUGACAAUUGCCCGGUCAUACUACAUGGCAAUGAAGAUAGUUCAGCCCAUCUCGCACUGGACCCACAGAUACGAUCGCCUGACCAUUCCCGAUACGUUCUCGGUCUUCGCUCGCUCUGCCGACCUUAUCAGCUGAGUAACGGUGCAUGACCAUGAGCCCCGAUGUCAAGCUUCUUGGGCCUCCUUUGUGAUGGUACCAAGGUUCUUGGUACCGUGGCGCGUCGUCAGUGAGUUGGCGCGAGUUUCG